AUGUUGCAGGCUACGCCUGCGGUCGUUUGCCGCAGCUGUGGUGGCAGGUCCUGCAGGAACGACCGUGGCCGGUUCAAGCAGCAUGAAAAUGUUGCAGGCUACGCCUGCGGUCGUUUGGCGCAACUGCAGUGGCAGGUCCUGUACGCCGUCUCUAGGACCUUGAUGAAGCCUGACGAUCUUGUAUACAAGGAUGCAGACUGCGUGGUCCUGGAUGCCCAGAUUCUUGGAACCACCUUGGAACUGGGCUUCCACCAUGCCCAGAAGAAGACGAAGUAUAGCGCGCCGGACCUCUUCGCCCAGAACAGGGGAGACCGAGUUUGGAGCAUGUCCGUGUCAACCAUCACCCUCAACUUCCGGGGGGAACUUCCACCGCCGGGACCAUCCUGUGGAAAGCCUCAGCUGCGCGGCGUCUGA